AUGGCCAAAAAGACUCAUUUGCUGGAGGGCAAUAUCCCAGAUUUUCACCCGCACCACAUAAGGGGGCCUACAUUUCGUAACUUGCUAAACAGCUACCGAGCGACUGUCGAGGCCGCUGCCAGACGCAAAGCUACAGAGCGCAUCGCCCGCUCCUCAUCAGCUACAUCGAGGAAGACAGAAAAGCCAAAACUAACCCCUCCAUCUCAAAAUAAACGAGAUUGCGAUGCGGAGCAGAAGGUGGAAAGCGAAGUCAAGGAGUUUUUACAUCUAGAUGAAUUGCGGUAUAGCUCUCUUCCGGACUUGGUGAAGGAGAGAACCGCUUCUGGAGGAGCUGGAUGUGGGUUUUUAGAGAAGGAGGAAUUGAUUAGGUUAAUGGAGUGGAAAUUAAAACAUGGAGUCUUUCGUCCCAUGUUAUUAGGAAUGGUAAAAUCCAACCCGGAAAAAGUAGUCCGUCAGACUACGUCUGAGGCGUUUUCUGCCGUAUCUGGAUCUAGAGCUACAGUCGCACGCGAUGACGAAGCUGACGAGUUUCCGAAAUCCACUCUGGAGAAACUUUCACGUCCUCUUCGUGGAGUCGGACCUGCUACUGCUUCUCUUCUACUAUCUGUUGGGACAGGAUCUCAAGAUCCCAAACAGGAGGUGCCCUUCUACAGCGAUGAUACCUUUCUUUGGUUGUGUAUGGAGGUGUAUCCGCGUCCAAGGGAUCUCAUGGGCCAAGAAACAGGGGGCAAAGAUACGAUUAAGAAAAAUCGUCAUUCGGAUAUCUUCAAACCAAAUGGUGAGAUUAAUGUCAAGUAUAAUAUGCAGGAGUAUCGGAUGUUAUGGAAUGCUGUGAAGGAAUUGCAAACCAGACUGAACAGUGCUGAGUUGUCUGAUAAGGCUGUGUCUUGUGCGGAUAUUGAAAAGGUGGCAUUUGUGCUGAGACAUAUUGAUCUUUCGGGCUAUAAUGAGCAGGGAGAAUCAAACGGCAGUUCAAGCAGAAAACGGAAGCGCAAGGAUAUAAUUUAA